AUGCUAGUAGAAACAUGUGAUAUUGAAAUUCGAUUAAAAUCUGAUACUGAAAAACCCUUUCAAUUUCAUUUUUCGGUGGAGUCGAUAAAAUAUUGGAGUGAUCUAAUUAUUGUAGCAGGAAAAACUGCUAGGAAAUUGGAUGGUUCAUUAAGUAAUUAUCAUAUUUUCCAUGUGAAAGGUUCACAAUGUGAUGAGAAGAAUUGGCAUUUCUAUGUAUGGGAAUUGGUGGAAGGAAGUAAUCUUUCAUCACCGAUAUGGAAAAUUACCGAUCAUAAGAAAUUUAAAAUAGAAAGUCUAUCACUUGAAUUGUUUAAAUUGCAACCACAUGUUUAUAUUACUGUAAAGGAUGAUUUGAAAAUGUCAAUUGGACCAAUGUUUGGUGUUUUAUGGUGUCAACAUUGUUAA